AUGGUCCGGCAGCUGGUGGAGAGCCUGAGGACGCAGACUCUGGAAGACGACCCUGCUCAGCCAGGGGACUUCCACCUGUCCCUGCUGGACCCCAAACCCCUCGCAGAGUGCUGGCCUCCAGAUGGCUUGAUGCCUGAGAGCAGCUACUGGCAGCUCUGCCCUCCCUCCAAGUCCAACCUGCAGGGGGGGUUACUGAGCUCUAGUUUCCCUCCCGGACCUGGACCCCUGGUGCCUCCAGAUGCUCAUCUGCAGGAGGGGGGCCACCCCCUGGAUGGGGGCUCCUCUCAGCUUCAGCAUCACCGGCUCCUGGCGCCCUGCACCUCAGCGUCUGAUCUGUUUCUCCCUGGAGCGGCAGGGGCGGCUCCUCCUGGACUCGGACCCCCUCCCCCUCCUCCCCCGCCUCCCAAACGUCACUGCCGCUCGCUGUCGGUGCCCGAGGACCUGUCCCGGUGCCGCUACACGUGGCGGCCUAGCGCGUCCCGGGUCUGGACUCCUGUCAGCCGGCAGCAGUGCCACAGCGGAGUUGGGGGAGGGGCUGCAGGUGGGGCGAUGGGCGGAGGGAGUAUAGGGUCAGGGGCAUCUGGGGGCGGAGUCUGUCCUCUUGGGGCCCCCAGCUCUUCUCUGAACUCGUCGCUGCACUCCUCCUCCAGCCCCACGUUCUUCAGCCUGGCGCUGUCGCCCGACUCCCCGCUGCCCUGGAGCUUCCCGUGGGACCCCAGCGAGGCUGCGGCAGGGGGCGGAGCCUGCUGCUGUUUCUUCCCCUCCCCUUCCUCUUGCUCAUCCUCGCCCUCCCCCCUCCACCCGCCUCCCCCUCCUCAGAGGCGUUUCUCCCUCUCUCCGGUGCUCAUCAGAGACUCGACAGCCUCCACCUUCCCUCCUCCACCUCCGGUGCCGAGCCAAGCGGCGGUGCCUCCUCCAGGCUGCGCCGCCACAGUCCGAGCGUCUCCGGGGGGCCCUGUCCCCGCCUCCCCCUCCUCGGCGUGCAGUACGCCGUCAUCUCUCCGCCGCAGCCUGCCUCCACAGCUGCCGCGCUGCCACUCGCAGCCCUGCGACCUGCUGCUGCUCAAACCGGGUCUGAAGAGGCGCCGCGACCCUGACCGGCCCUGCGCCCGACCCGUUCUCGACUUUGUUAAGAUGACACAGACGCGCAGCUUCGACCCGCAGUGCCUGGAGCGCGGCGGCGGCAGGCUGGCCUGCGGCGGUGACGUCUGCACGGGCGACUUCCGGGGCUCCUGCUCGCCGGCCGAGUGUCUGGGCAGGACCAGCAUCGGCCCGCUGAGCGAGAGCGACGAGGAGUGCCGCGAGGACGAAGAGGCGGAGCCUAAGGAGCGCGAGGUGUCGCAGCAGGUCGUGUUCGAGAGGGACUGCACAGAACUGGACUUGAACUUGAUAGAAGAAAACUGAAGUCUGUAAAUGAAGACUGUUCUGGUUUUGUUUUAUUUUGAAAAGGUAUGACCCCGCCCCCCUCUUCCCCACUCAACACUCAGCGCCUUCUCUCCACCAAUCAGCAGAGC